AUCCGUGUUAUUUUUUUUCUUUUUUUGAGAAAUAGCUGGUAGGAUUAAGAGCUUAGAACACUUGGACACUUUGCUAUCUUUUUAUUGUUCUUUGGUAGUUCCGAGUAUGCUAUUUGCACAUGAAUAUUAUUCUUCCCAUCCAAAUUAUAGUUUCAUGUGUGUUGUGUGCAUAAUUCUUAUUACUUGAUUUUUAAAUUGUAGCUCAACUUGCAAUAUGUCACAAUUGAGUUCCGAUGAGUUCGAAGAUGAUACCAUUGACCCAACAGAAAUUUUCUCUCUAGAAGAUUACUUGGCACAACAGAAUACUCUCAACAACUUUGCUACACAAAUAGCCACAAACAUUCAUCAUACACUAGAAGGUCCAAGUACUAGGCGUCAGUCAGCCCCUAGGACAUAUAUUGACAGGAAGAGAGAAUUUUACAGUGAACUUCUCAUAGCAGAUUACUUCUGUGAUAAUCCUACCUAUCCUGAUUACUACUUCCGUAGAAGGUUCCGCAUGGGAAAACCCCUCUUUCUACGCAUUUUUCAAGCUCUUGGUGAGUGGUCUCCCUACUUCACUCAAAGGGUAGAUGCCCUAGGCCGUCCAGGUCUAUCACCUUUACAGAAGUGCACAGCAGCCAUGCAUAUGUUGGCGUAUGGUGUUCCUGCUGACAAAACAGAUGACCAUAUAAGACUUGGUGCAUCUACGACACUCGAGUCUCUUGAGAAAUUUGCUAAGGGGGUCAUUGCCAAGUUUGGUGGGGAAUAUUUGCGAAGGCCAACUGUUGAAGACAUUCAAUGUCUACUAGAAAUUGGCGAAGCACGUGGUUUUCCUGGUAUGCUAGGAAGCAUAGACUGCAUGCAUUGGGAGUGGAAAAACUGUCCUGUUGGAUGGAAGGGGCAGUUUACACGUGGUGACUAUGGUGUCCCUACCAUCAUCCUUGAGGCUGUUGCAUCCCAUGAUCUAUGGAUAUGGCAUGCCUUCUUUGGUGUCCCAGGAUCCAACAAUGACAUCAAUGUGCUCAAUCAGUCGCCAUUGUUCACUGAAACAUUGCAAGGGAAUGCUCCUAGGGUAGACUACUAUGUCAAUGAGCAACAAUACAAGAAGGGAUAUUAUCUUGCAGAUGGAAUAUAUCCGGAGUGGGCUGUUUUUGUGAAAACCAUUCGGCUGCCUCAAACUGAAAAGGACAAGUUAUUUGCGAAGAAACAAGAAGGUGCGAGAAAGGAUGUUGAACGUGCAUUUGGAGUUCUACAACAACCCUUCAAAAUUGUCGCAGAACCAUCACGGCUUUGGGAUCAAAUAGAUAUCUGCAACAUAAUGAAAGCAUGUGUGAUCAUGCACAACAUGAUACUUGAAGAUGAGAAGGGCGUGGAGUUACCCUUCGAUUUGAAUGAAGCUUUAGGGACAUCCACUGCUCUGCCGCCGACAGCGAUUAGUGGGGCUACACCUUUGUUCACCGACGUGAUUAGAAGAGAUGUUGAGAUACGUGACCGGUCCAUGCACAAUUGA